AUGCAGGAUAAGCAUAAUGCCUCACUUGUCAAGGCUAUGAAGAAAUGUCAGUGGACGCAUCUCAAGAAGGUCCAGGACAUACUGGAAUCAGUCAAGGUCAUGGAAUCUCACCAAGAUGUCAUAGAGGACCAUGCAGAUGCCAUGGUCCUCAACUCUGCACCUCCCCUCCCACUCCCUAUCCCAAUGGCAUCCAGGUCCCAUGGUUGGCAGGUGCAGGAAGAGGAGGAAGAGCAGGAGGUGGCCAAGAAGGAGAGGGAGAGGGAUUGGGAGGAGGUACUGAGGGUGCUGCGGGAGGAGAAGGAGGAGGAAAGAGGAUGA